GCCUAUAUAUUUUGACGUCAGAGGAAUUACGUUCGUUAUUGUGUCUUGGUGUCUAGAGGUGAUGAACGUAAGAACUGGCUGUGAAGAGGAAAAUAUCGUUAGUUUAAAGACUGAAGCGGAAUUUGAAAUAUCAGUAUAACAGUGAAUAGUUUCUGACACAGGCAGUAUGAAAGAAAUUGGCUGGUUAACAUCAUUUUUGCUGCUGCUGUUCCUGUGUUCAGGCCCAGGAGUAGUAGUAGCUGCAUGGGGACAAAACAGUGACAGUGUCCACCUGAAGGAUGUGGAAGUACUGACCUUGUAUGCAGGAAAAUGACAAAUGGUGAGGAGCCGACGUUCUUCGCCAGUCCCACAGCUGGAGUGUGUUAAAGGCGGAACAGCUCCAUGUGAUGCUUUUAAUCCUCGUGUUGUCCAGUGUUAUAACCGAGGUUUUGAUGGUGUGGAUGUACAAUGGGAAUGCAAGACUGAUAUGGAUAAUGCUUUCAGGUUUGGUAAUAUUGAAGUAUCCUGUGAAGGCUACAGCAACAGAGAUGAUCCUUAUGUCUUGAAAGGAUCCUGCGGAUUGAGAUACUCCCUUGAUUACACCAAAGAGGGUCUUAAUAACCAAGGAAACAAGCAUAACUAUUAUCCAGACCAGAAUCAGUACAGUGGCAGCAGUUAUGGUUGGUCUUAUCAGAACCAGGGAAAGGAAAAACUCUCAAGUGCAAGUUACUUAGCGGACUUGAUUGUAUAUGUAGCCAUUGGACUUAUGUGUUAUGCAUUUUACAAGACAUGCAUUGGAUCCAACCGUCAACAAGGACAAGAUGCCUACAGCACAACAAAUGAUGAUUAUCCUGCAGGAGGUGGAGGUGGAGGAUAUGGUUGGUUUGGUGGAAACACCCACCCCACAGCUCCACCUCCUCCUGCUGGCUUUCACCCAGGGUACACAGAUGAUGCCUCGUGUCAUAGGAACCGAACAGCUCGUGGAGGUAACGGUGGAGGCUUUUGGACAGGUGCUCUUACAGGUGGAUUACUUGGCUAUAUGUUUGGUAAUCGGGGCGGUCAACAGAAUCAAGGGUACAGGAGACAUUAUGGAGGGGGAGGAUGGGGUGGUGGUGGAAGUGGCUUUUCUGGGGGAAGUGGUUUUUCUGGUGGGUUUGGGGGUGGUGGCUCCACUGGCACCCGAACAGCCUCAGGCUUUGGUGGAACAAGCCGUAGGUAGAUAUUGCCUUUUGUGUUCAUGUGACAUAUUUUGUUUUUCAUGUUUAUAUCGGGUAGACUUUGAAUAUUAUAUUGCCCUCAGAUUUAAUUAGAUCAAAAAUAUGUUGGAUCUUUUAAUGUAGUUAUCAGAUUUUUAUGUUUGUGUUCAUGCUAUUGUAAUACUUGACAUUUUUAUACAAGUAAUGCACAUGUGUGCAUGGUGUAUAAAUAUAUACAAAGCAAUUAGUAAUACUAUUUAACAUGUUUUGUAGUCUUGAAUGACCAAAAAAAUUUAACUAAUGGAAGUUGUAUUUGGAUCUCAGGUUGCAUGAAUGUGAUAUUUAUUUUCUUUACUUCUUUAAUAGUUUAACUAAGGAAAUUUUUUUUUUGAGUAUUGUGAAAGAAACUUAGGCAAGGUAUCUCCACUUUUCUCAAAGUAGGCCAAGUGAAAAAGGAAAAAUGUUGAGAUUCCUGUGCCUCCAUCUGACCUUUAAAAAAAAAAAAUUGAUUGUAAAGCAGAUUUCACACAUAUCUAGUUUUGUUACUUAACCCACUCGUACUGGGAUGAGGUAUUAUGAUGUCCUGUCACUGCAUGGUAGACUAUCCCUCAUACUGGGAUGAUGUCUUUAUGUUGUGUACAGUUGAGUCUCCUCUAAGUUAUGCACAUUAAACAGAUGUGUGCUUGUUUAGCCCAGGUUGCAUUUAUUGAGGAGAAAUAGCCCCUGAAAUGUAGGGUCAAAGCCUCAUUAUUUAAAAAAAUGUUGCAGUCAAAAGCAUAGAAAGCUGGGUAAUUUUGUUUCCUGUUUCUGUUUUAGCUUGUGAGUAGCAGACUCUGCAUUUACCCAUUUAUUCAUUAUGGCACUGGGGGCUCCCUUCAUCUUUGGGUUAAAAGCAUUAAACCGAAAAUGCUACUAUACUUGGCUAAAUAUAAGUAUUCAUAUAUCUAUUAUUUUGGAGAAGUAAAAAUAUUAGACAUGAUAACAGCAGAUAAGAAAAAAAGGCAGAUUUGUGUGUGUGUGUGUGUGUGUGUGUGUGUGUGUGUGUGUGUGUGUGUGUGUGUGUGUGUGUGUGUGUGUGUGUGUGUGUGUGUGUGUGCGUGCGUGCGUGCGUGCGUGCGUGCGUGCGCGUGCGUGUGUGUGAUUGAUUCCUAUGAUGUAUGCUGAAGUAAUUCAGCAUUGGACUUUGUUUACGGCUGGCUAAAGCUUUACUGUGUUACAUGUAUUUUUAUUUUUAUUUUUAUUUUUGUAAUUACAAGGCUUUAUGGUUAGUUUUGAUGUCUUUGCUUUUCAAAAAUCUGUUUAUUAAACUUGAAAGUAAGGAAUACUUUAUUCCAAUUCCUUUCCAUUUAUACUGUUCUGUGAUGUUUCAGAUAUCCCACAGGAUUUUGGAACUUGACUCACCUAACAAUAUUAGAUUUUCUUAAUUGUCACCUAGUUGUAUGCUCAACCAAUGAAGCUGACAAAAAGCUUUUUUUGUUUGCCUUAUUUAAUUCUUUAACUGUUUAUUUUUCUCUAGGUAAAGGUUAAGAUGGAUAACCCAGAAUAAUUACAUAAUAAUUGUUUUGUAACAGUAUGGGAUAUUACUCUUUAUUUUGACAGGUUCAAUUUUUAUCUAUAUGGCAAAAGUGAUCAAGUGCUAGUUUGUAUUUACUUUGUGGUUAAUAAAAUAUUGGAAUUAGAACUUUUUCUUUGAUGUUUUGAGAGAAAGCAAAAAAGGUGCUGUUCUACAAACGUGUUAUCUUCAAACACUUACUAUAGUAUAUCUUAUUAAGAAUGGAAUUUGUUUAUCUGGUUUGUAAAAGUGAUUUUGUAAAUAAAGUAAUAAAAAAA